UUCACGACGUGUUGUUGCGAAACAGUAAAAUUGUGCUUAGUUAUUAACAUUUUGUAUUUUCUAGCCCACCGCCACCGCCGUUUGGUUUGGGUCGUCUUGUGUUUGAGCUGCUGCAUCCAAUGGUGUAUUUGCUAGAUAGCGUUGGUUAAAUCGAUUGUUUACUGGGAAAUGGAAGGCAUUGAUGUGGAGUUUGCAGAUGUGACCCUAACGGUCAAUGUAUGGGAUCCUCUGGUGACGAAGACRUUAAGRCCAGAAAAGAAAACUGUUUUGAACAAUGUCAGUGGCUCGUUCCAUAGAAAUCAAGUUGGGGYCAUACUUGGAUGUYCUGGAUCUGGAAAGUCAACUCUUAUGAAUAUUUUAUCUGGUUACAUAUCAAGUGGUUACCAAGGAUCUGUGACUUUAAAUGGAGCACGACGAGAUUUGCUAACAUUUAGGAAUGUCUCAAGCUACAUCAUGCAAGAGGAUAAUUUGCAACUAUACUUGACUGUUCAAGAAUCUAUGGAGAUUGCCAUGAAGCUUAAACAUUCAAUCUCUAAAUUGGAUGUUCAAAAAAGAAUCUCAAUAGACAGUUUACUUCAUAAUUUACUUUUAUAUGAUAAACGAGACUCAUUGGUUUAUAAUUUAUCCGGUGGCGAGUGUAGAAGACUGACCAUUGCUUUAGAAUUGGUUCGCAGCCCAAAAGUGAUGUUUUUUGAUGAACCAACAACAGGUCUGGAUAUAGUUUCUGCAAAUAAUGUUGUUAAGAUCAUGAGAAAAUUGGCCGACUCUGGGAAAACUAUAAUAUGCACUAUACAUCAAGCUUCGGCUUCUCAUUUGACAAAUUUUGACACGGUUUAUGUUCUUACACCUUCAGGGCAAUGCAUGUAUAAUGGCAAGUCAUCAUAUAUAAUUGAUUAUUUCUCAGAUCUUGGAUUUCAAUGUCCUGCGUAUCACAACCCUGCUGAUUAUGUAAUUGAACUGAGUUUGGGUGAAUAUGGAAUACCCGUUAAUACAAUGAUUGAGUUAGCUACUGAACAAAACAAGAAUGAUAGGCAUAUAAUUGACCCAAGUUCUAACUCUKUACCUGUAAUUUAUAGUCGAGAAUAUUCUACAAAAUGUUUUCCUGAGCUUUGCAUACUUAUGCACAGAACUUUGCUAACUACUUUUAGAGAUCAUUUUCUAGUUAAAGUAAGAAUUUUUGUCCACUUCUUGCUGGGGAUCAUGUUUGGAAUUGUUUACAUWGGACUUGGGAAGAGCGCUAUGCACGUUCGUGACAAUGCAGUGUUACUAUUUUUCUGUGUAAUGUUUAUGACUUAUGUAGCAGCUUUUACAAUGUCUAUAAAAUUUCCAUUAGAGUUUUCAGUGAUGCGGAAAGAAUAUUUUAACAGAUGGUAUUCAUUAAGUUCUUAUUACAUUUCUGUCACACUUGUAGAUCUACCAGUACAAAUUUUUUGUACCUUUUUGUUUUGUUCAUUGAUAUACUUGUUAUCUGGUCAACCUAUUAUAGUCUUUAGAAUUUCAAUGUUUCUAUUGAUAUUUAUUGUAACUGGACUUAUGUCACAAGCAAUUGGAAUGCUUGUCAGUACUCUCUGUAAAGGUUUUGUUAUUAAUACUGUUAUUGUUGCAUUGAUAUUAAUGUUUUGGACGACUUAUGCAGGUGGCAUGAUAAGAAUAUCAGAUACUCCUAAAAUAUAUAGAUGGUUAUAUGAUAUAUCAUUUAUGAAACAUUCUGUGCAAGGUGUACUUCAUUCAGUUUAUGGUUAUGAUCGUUCUGUAUUGCCUUGUCCAGUUAUGUUUUGUCCAUUUGGUUCUCCAAAAGUUAUGCUAAAAACAAUUGAUAUGGGUGAGAAUUUGUACUGGAUAAAUAUUAGCUUUAUCGCUAGUAUUUAUAUUGUAUUGAAAGUAUGUGCUUUUAUCGCCUUAAAGUAUAAGCURUCUUCUACUUGAACCAAAUACCAAUCAAAACAUUAAUGCAAUUUGAGAUACUAAAAAUUGAAGGUGAUUCAAUAUUAGUAUUCAUUUUUAUUUAACUUCUUUUAUUAUUUAGUAUUACUUUCAAUUGAAAAACAAUUACACAUAAAUUAUAUUUUUUUCAUGUAAUAACUAAUAAUCAAUUUACUUUAGAAUAAACAGGAACCUAAAUUUCUACAAAAUUAAAUACUUGUACGACCAUGAAUAAUUGUAAUGUUAAAAUAGGUGACUCAUAUAUUAUUUGAGAUAUAAUUGUAAUAAUAUGU